AUGAAUUCUUAAUUAACUACAUGUUUUUUGCACUCUUCUCAAAUUUAAUAUAUUUGUCAAGAUUGUGAUAUUUCACUUUGCGAAACUUGUCUACUUACAUAACAUUAUCAACACACUCUAACUUACUAUGUACCUAAUCAAGAUUAGAAAUUAAAAAAUUUAAAUGUCAAACACAUCAAAUGGUUAUAAGAAUAAGAAUAAGAAGUAGAUGUCUUAUAAAAAAUUAUUUAAUUUUAAAUUCAAGUAAGUAAACCUAUAUUUUUAAGGAAAAGCAGAACAUUAACCUAAUUUUCAAUAAACCUCUAAGUAAAAGUAAUUAUUUAUAAAUUUCAAAUCAAAUAUUGAAUUCGGAUCAUUAAACAAUAGUUUUCAACUUCAUAGAAAAAAUAAUUACUAAAAAUGAAGACUUUGAAUAUGAGGACUAAUAACAACUCUAUCUAAAUGCAAUAGAAUACAAAUUGAAUUAGAACUUGUGGCAGAAAUUGUGUUUAUAAUUAUCAUUGUCAGAGAAACUUCAAAUACUUUCAAUUAAUUUAUGUAGCUCAACAUUGAAUACAAAUCUAUUGUAACAACUCAUUGAAUCAAUUUCAAAUCUCUAGAACUUGCUCUAUGUUGAAUUAGAUAUGAAGCAGUAUAUAUUCAUUUAUUUAAAUACUCUUUAGUACAUAUUUAGAUGACAAUGCAAUUAAAGUGUUAUUUGAAGUGAUGAGGAUUCCAAACUUACUUAAGUUUAUAGCAUAUGUCUCUUAAUGCAACAUUGCUGUGGAUACUUUGCUUUAAUUCUGGAAUAGGAAUAAAGAAUUAAUAAGGGAGAAGUUUAAUUAUUUCUAUAUAUACCAUCAUUAUUGUAAGGUAUUGUUAAUACUCUGAAUAGAUUCUUUUGGGCAUGAUAAAGAUUUUUAGGAAGAAAUUAUGGCUAGCAAGUCUUCAAUUUAUAUGGAUUAAUUUUCAGAGUCAACUUUUGUUUGA